AUGGCAGAAACGAGGGACAGUGCCCGGGGGAGAGGUCGCUUGUCCACAGUCUCCAUGAAGUAUGACAAGAGCCGAAAGGGAUAUUUGAGUGAUUCCCAAAAGGCAGCACGUGAAGCGGAUGCAGACGGCAAGGGAUAUCUUACCGCUGAAGAGGCUGCAGCUCUUGCCAAAAAGUGUUUAAUGAAGUCAUCCACCACCACGAAUGAUCCGCCUCCCGCAGUUCAGGAGUUCAUCGCACCUGCCGCCGUUCCGGUAGUAUCGGCCCGUCCGAUCAUGGCACAUCAUAAUCAGACCAGUACCACUCCUCUCAUCUCUUGUCGCAUGGUUCCAGAUCCUUCAGAGCGUGGAGUCGGACGAAUCAGUCUAGCUACUAACUCCAGGGUCGACACCACCACUACUACUACUGAAACGGCAUCUCAGGUGACAUUUGAUGCUCGUACCAUCGCUACAAACACAGUCAGUAGCAGCAACAACAGUAGCAAUGCAGCGUCUGUUCUCAUUACAGUUCCUUGCUCCCCCGCAGGCGGUGUGUGGUCUCCAAGCAUGAUUCACCUCAAGACAGAGGCAGUCAAUGACUGCGAUACUGAUGACGAGGCGCCCAUUUCUGUCGUGGUACCGGUAUCCAUGCCACCACCACAGGACGAGGAGCCAAAAGGCCCUACUACUACUACUACUAUGGACCAUCAUGAAGCAUCGGGGCCCAUGGAUAAAGAAGAUGUCGGUAUGAAACGACCGGUAACCGUGACAGUACCUCGGGGGGAGAAGCUAGAACGUGGUGGUGUGGACACAGAAGCACCGUUGGAGCCCACAGAAACUGACGAUGACGACGUAAGCAACAGCAACAGCAACACCGAGCAUCAAGAGGAUAGCAAUGUCAGUUUCAGUUGCCAAGUCUCAAGAAGAAGUCGUUGGGUUAUCGCUUCAACAGCCUUGGUCUUGAUUGCCAUUGUGGCGACCGUGGUUGUGAUGUUUGCUGUGUAUAUCACCAUGGAUCUAAGCAAAGAAAUGUAG